CAAAUCCCUACAACACAAAUAAAAAAACUCACAACACAACACGAUUGCAAAAGCCCACAACACAACACGAAUACAAAAGCCGGCAACGCAAAUACAAAAACCCACAACACAACGGAAGUUAUCCCACAACGGAAAUGUAUGGCAGAGGAAAGGGCUCUGGUUGUGGACUUUAGUUGCCAUGGUAACGCGCGCAUAGAAGAAGACUGUGGGAAGUUGCACUCGUCUGCUUGGCAUGCUGGAUUCACCGAGUCUGAUUUGUUCUGGUUGCCUGUUCGACAAAUUUCUGUUGGCAUUAUGAAUAUGAAAGAUGGAGCGCUGAAACCUGUGAGAGGGAUGGUGUUACCACUUAUAGUACACCCACUGGUGGAAGCUGAGCAAUUGUCUAAAGCUGCCGAACAAAAAAUGAAGGACUUUAACAAAAAUUUACAAGAUGGUCUGUACUUUCUUCUUUACCCUGAUGGCACAAAGAUAGUUAACAUUCCUGGAACAAAGACACCCUUCACUCUCCAAGCCUACAAAGAUGCACUUGGGAAAGCAUUCCAAAGGAUCACUGUAUAUAUUUGUUCAGCUCAAGAUUUCUAUUCUCAGGACAUUAGCACAGACUCAUCAGAUACAGAGGUGACCAUAACAAGUGGAAGUGCUGCUAAAAUUUGUUCAGCAGAUACUGUAGCUGAGCUUUCUGACUCAGAUGCCCCAGGAACAUCAGGAGGUGCAAUGGGCACUGCAUGCUACAGCAAAUACACAGAAUUGUAUGCACCCAUUGUAAUUGAGGAUGACGAGGACUCAGACAGUGAAGGAGCCAGUCAAGAUUUUGUUAAAGAUCCAGAGGGGGAACACAAGUCUGUUUCAGAAAUAAUUGCAAACCUGGCACUCCAGAUUGACCACAAGGCCAUUAGCAGAUUUAACAUCUGCCGCUCUGAGAUCUGGGAUGGAGCUGUGAGAGGGUUCAAAAGAGGAACCUUCUCUGAAGCAAAGGACCUUCUAGUGAAGUUUUCGGAUGAUGAAGGGAGGUUUGAAGAAGGACUUGACACAGGCGGUCCAAAAAGAGAAUUCCUCUCUCUUCUGAUGAAAACCCUGAGUUCAAGACCUAUAUUUGAUGGACCUCCUGAGAGCCGUUACAUUGUGUACAAUUCAACAGCAAUCAGGGAGGAUGAAUAUAGAUUGGCAGGGAUGAUGAUAGCCGUGUCCAUAGUCAAUGGUGGACCUGCCCCAAAUUUUCUCUCCCAGGAUCUGGUCAACUACAUCUCAGGGCAGCCAACUUUCAAAGGUUCGGUAGGAGACAUUACAGAUGAAGAAAUAGGGAAAGUUUUAAAAGAGAUCCAGAAUGCAUCCUCACUGGAGACCCUACAAGACCUAAUUGUAGGGAACAGCACCAUGUUGCAGACUGCAGGCUGCUUCAGACACAUUAAGUCUGUGAAGGAAAAGGACUCUGUUGUGACGGAGUACCUUAAGUGGUACAUAAUUGACAGGAAUCACAGUGCAAUUGAAAGAUUCAAGGAUGGGCUUGGCAGUCUGCAGUUUUUAUCAGCCCUCCAGCAGUAUCCCACUGUCCUGACCCCAGUCCUCUGUCAUUCGGAUACAAAGUUAUCUGCUGCAGAUAUUGAAAGUCUUUUCAAACCAGAACUUAGUCUGAAAGGAAGUAACAUGAGGGCUCAGCAGAACAAGACAAUAAGUUUCUGGGCAGACUACCUGCUAGAUUGUGAAGCAAAUGAGAGUGCCAUAACCUUGGAAGAGAUCUUCAUGUUUGCCACAGGCCUACCACGAUGCCUCCUUCUGGGAUGGACCCUCAGCCAUGCCUGCAAUUCAUUUCAAAUUCAAAAUACCCCAUGGCCAACACAUGUGCAAACACUUUAA